GGUCUUAUUACAUUGUAAAACAAUUUUUUGUUCAGAGGUAUAUUAAGUCUGAACAAGAGGAUCAAUGAGGUAACAUGGGUGCUUGUAUGGAUUGCUUGUUAGGUUCUGCUGAUUACAACAAACAAGAGGAAGAACAAGUAUCUCAAGAAGAAAUUGAAGAAAGAAGAAAAAGGCAAGCUGAAGCAGCUAUGCAACGCCAGAAACAGGAGGAAGGAAGAGGCAUAAAGGAUCCUGAAAGACUGAGAAGAGAGAAACGAAAACGUGAAGAUGCUGAUCGUGAAGCACAAAGAAGUGGAAAUCAUGAUGGUCAUUUAAAAUGGAGUGUCAGCUAAUGCCUCGUCAUGUGAAUGUUAUUUUGCAAGGGGGAUGUUCAGAUACGAAAUAAUGGUCCAUUUUGUUUUCAUGUAUGUUAUAUGCAAAUGUAUCAACCGAUUUUGCGGAUAAACAAUUUUAUUUAUCGUUGGUGAAUAGCUACUUUCAAAUGUUGUAAGAAAUGCUUAUAAAACGAAAAUUUUUAAACUUA